AUGUCAAGUCAAGAUGCAUCAGAAUGCGAGAAGGACGUCAUAGAAGACCAAUCUGUCGCUGAACGCCGUCUCGGGAAUCAUGCAUCGACCAAGGAGAUCACGCACCCAGAACUUCGUCGAGCCACAAGCACUUUGAGCCGCAUCGCGUCACGUCUAAGCACUCGAGAAGAUAUCGAUCCCGGACCGCCACCGGAUGGAGGUCUCAAAGCAUGGUCUCAAGUUGCCAUAGGCUUUACCGCCUGCUUCUGCACCUGUGUUCUUGUUAUCCUCCAGUCGAUAUCGUCGUUCGGGGUAUUUCAGACCUACUAUACAAGCGCGCUGGGUGAACCACAGUCGACUAUCUCCUGGGUAGGAUCCGUACAGUUAUGGGUCGUCUUCUUCAUGAGCGCAUUCUCUGGCCGGGCACUUGACGCAGGCCUCCUCAUACCCACGUUUAUUGUCGGAUGUACGAUCCAACUCUUUGGGAUCUUCAUGACAAGUCUUUGUAAGGUGUUCUGGCAGCUCGUCCUGGCGCAAGGGUUAUGCACCGGGCUUGGAGCAGGGAUCUUCUUCACCCCGACAAUGGGGCUUGUUACCACGUACUUCAAGAAAAACAGAGGACUCGCUGUUGCCAUUGUGUCUUCCGGUAACUCGGUGGGCGGCGCAGUAUACCCCGUCAUCGUCCGGCAACUUCUGCCCAAGAUCGGGUUUGCGUGGACUAUUCGGGUAGUUGGGUUCGUGAAUGUGGUCCUUCUGGGACUGUGCCUGGCGUUCUUGCGACCGAGACUACCUCCUCGAAAGGCUGGUCCGCUCGUCGAAUGGAAAGCAUUCACCGAAGCGCCGUACGUGUGUGUUCUUCUGGGCAUGUCAUUUGUUUUUGGGGGACUCUUCUUUUCCUACUAUUAUCUCGCCAGUUUCGGCCGCGACAUCUUGCACAUGAGCUAUUCCGACUCGCUGACUUUGCUCAUCAUCUUCAACGGGGCAGGUGUCCCCGUCCGACUUGCGACGGGUUACAUUGCAGAUCGGUACCUGGGACCGCUGAACGCAAUGGUGCCGCUCCUAUUCAUCAACGCACUCUUUGCUCUCUGCUGGAUUGCGGUAAGAUCGCAAGCCGGCAUGUAUGUGUUCGCGACAUUUUAUGGCUUCUCCGCGGGAGCUUUCCAGUGCUUGAUGCCGACCGUGGUUACCAGUCUGAACAACGACCUGCAGCGAAAUGGUAUACGGAUGGGCAUGGCUUUUUCACUGUUCAGUUUUGCAGGACUCGCGGGCCCGCCUAUAGGAGGCGCGCUGCUCACAACCAACGGCGGCGGAAGGGGAGGCUAUCUGGUCGCACAGCUGUGUCUCGGUGUUUUGACGGCGGUAGGGGCUUCGUUGAUGUGCGCUGCCCGUGUGUACAAGGCGGGAUGGAGUUUGAAAGUGAAAUGCUAG